CGUCAAGCUGCUUUCACUAAAAUCCACAUUUCUUCUUACUGGCUUUCUCCACUGUCUUGUAGCUAAAAUUUCAGCGAAAUCACAAGUAUGGGUAAGGAGAAGGUUCACAUAAACAUUGUGGUCAUUGGUCAUGUCGAUUCUGGUAAAUCGACUACAACUGGUCACUUGAUUUACAAGCUUGGAGGUAUCGACAAGCGAGUGAUUGAGAGAUUCGAGAAGGAAGCUGCUGAGAUGAACAAGAGAUCGUUCAAGUAUGCGUGGGUGCUCGAUAAACUAAAGGCAGAACGUGAACGUGGAAUUACAAUUGAUAUUGCGUUAUGGAAGUUCGAGACUAAUAAGUACUACUGUACUGUAAUUGAUGCACCUGGUCAUCGUGAUUUCAUCAAGAAUAUGAUUACUGGAACUUCACAGGCAGAUUGUGCUGUUCUUAUCAUUGAUUCUACUACUGGUGGUUUUGAGGCUGGGAUUUCUAAGGAUGGUCAGACGCGUGAACAUGCUUUGCUUGCUUUUACUCUUGGUGUUAGGCAAAUGAUCUGCUGUUGCAAUAAGAUGGAUGCUACGACUCCAAAAUACUCAAAAUCAAGAUUCGACGAAAUUGUUAAGGAAGUAUCUUCAUACCUUAAGAAAGUUGGAUACAACCCAGACAAAGUUCCAUUCGUCCCCAUCUCAGGUUUCGAAGGAGACAACAUGAUUGAAAGGUCCACAAAUCUCGACUGGUACAAAGGUCCAACCCUCCUCGAAGCUCUCGACAUGGUCCACGAGCCCAAGAGACCAACAGACAAGCCACUCCGUCUCCCACUUCAAGACGUCUACAAGAUAGGUGGAAUCGGAACCGUGCCAGUCGGUCGUGUCGAAACCGGUAUCAUCAAGCCCGGUAUGCUCGUAACCUUCGGACCCACAGGUCUAACAACCGAAGUGAAGUCAGUCGAGAUGCACCACGAAGCUCUCCCCGAAGCCCUUCCUGGUGACAACGUAGGUUUCAAUGUUAAGAACGUUGCUGUUAAGGAUCUGAAACGUGGGUUCGUGGCUUCUAACUCUAAGGAUGAUCCGGCUAAGGAAGCUGCUAGCUUUACUUCUCAAGUUAUUAUUAUGAACCAUCCCGGUCAGAUUGGAAACGGGUAUGCCCCUGUUUUGGAUUGUCAUACUUCUCAUAUUGCGGUUAAGUUUGCUGAGCUGCAGACGAAGAUUGAUAGACGGUCCGGGAAGGAGAUUGAGAAGGAACCGAAGUUUUUGAAGAAUGGGGAUGCGGGUAUUGUUAAGAUGAUUCCGACAAAGCCUAUGGUGGUGGAGACGUUUUCGGAGUAUCCUCCAUUGGGUCGGUUUGCGGUUAGGGAUAUGCGUCAGACGGUGGCGGUUGGUGUUAUUAAGAGUGUUGAGAAGAAGGAUCCGUCUGGGGCUAAGGUGACUAAAGCUGCGGUUAAGAAGGGUGCGAAAUGAAACGGUCGGUGGUUUGAGAAUGGUAAUAAUAAUGGUAAUGAUGAUAAUAAUAAAGCGUGGUUCGAACACUCUGUUGGUGUUGGCAUGGGAUGUUGUGGUUCAAUGUUUUUGUUGAGUUUUUGGGUGCUUGACAGGCGGUGGCGGAGUUUGCUAUUACAAUAAUAAGUUUGUUUGUUUGUUGGUGUUAUUUCCUUUGUUUG